AUGCCAUAUUAACACUUGAAAAAAAGUAUGUCGGAAAAAGGAUCAAGAACAGGCACCCCAAAAGGGUCUGUUAAGGGAUCAAAGGCCGGAACACCUAGAAGUUCCAAAGCGAGUACACCUAAAGGAUCAAAGAGUAAUACACCACUACCUGAUGCAGGUGCCACAUCAAAUGGUACUGCUGAACAAGAACCAGGGACAGUGGCUGCCAACGGUACAGCAGAAGAAACACCAGUAGUUGAUGAUGCUGGUGCUGCAGAGACAGACGGUGCUCAAAAUGAACAAGUAGAGGAAGAAGAACCAGAACCAGAGGAGUUCAAACCAAGUGUGAUUGAUAUGAUAAAAAACAGAGCAUCUGUAGCUAAUCUUAACCAGGAGGAAUGGACAGAAGCACAUGAGGAGAUUAUCAAGAAAUUUAUCGAAGAUCCCACCUUCAAGCUGGUCAUUGCCUACCAUGAUCAGUACAAGGGAUUUGUGGUUGACCAGAUAGUGCCUCCACAUCCCCCGGAGCAGGUCUCGUACUUUAUAAAGCAGGAAAACACAGAGGAGAUCACUGCAGAAAACUUUUUAAAGGUGGUGCAAUAUGGAUCUGUAAAAGGUAUGCAUAUAGAGAGUUUAUUGAGGGUCAUGAUGGGUAUAUAUGCACCAAUAUUCUUCGAGAAUACUUCAUGGCCCGACAGCAUCAAGAACGAUUUCUCCGCCCAGCUCCACAAAUUUCUGGCAACACUGACAGACACACGGUGGAAGUUGGAAGGGAAAACUGUUCUCUAUAUUCCGACUGAGGGAACAAAAAUACCAACAGAGGAAGCAGCCAAGAAUAAAGAAUUGGUGCAAAGACUUGAAACUGCAAUGAUCCACUGGGCCAGACAGAUCAAAGAGGUAUUAAACACCCAGGAUGCAUUUGAAAUGGCAGAAACAUCGGGACCUCUAGAGGAGAUUGAAUUCUGGAAGAAUAGAUGUCAGGAUCUGUCAGGCAUCAGCAUGCAGUUAGAUAAACAGGGAGUGAAAAAAAUAGAACAGAUCUUAGAGACGGCAAAAUCGUCAUACGUAGCUCCAUUCAGAAAACUGUCUAGUCAGAUAAAGGAGGGAUCCAGGCAAGCAGAGAGUAACCUGAAAUUUCUGUUGGUGUUGAAAGAUCCGUGUUACGAGCUGGCCGAUGCCAAACCAUCCCAGAUACCAGCGAUGAUCCCAAAAAUUCUCAAUUUGAUCAGAAUGAUUUGGGUGAAUUCAGAAUUCUACAAGACAAGAGAGAGACUGACAGGCAUCUUGAAAAAGUUGAGUAAUGAGAUCAUCAGGAGAUGUUGCAGUGAGAUCAACUUGGACAAGAUCUUUGAUGGUUAUGUACAGAGUGGAAUAAAAUCUCUCAAUGAAUGUAUUGAAUGCUGUGAACAGUGGAAAGAAAUUUACAACAAGACGUCUAAACUGCAUCACAAGUUUUCACCUGUUGGCUGGGUACUAGACAAGAGCAGCAUUUUUGCUCAGAUUGAUGCCUUUGUACAAAGGUGUAAAGAUCUUGGAGAGGUAUGCCAAGCACAGAUACACUUUGCUCGUCGUGAGGAAGGGAACAAGACGGAGAUGCCACAUUUUGCUGGGCAGAAAGGACCAGAAAUAGUGAGGGGCCUCACUGAGAUAGAGAACACAUUUGAGAAGAACCUCAACAUGCUGAGAAAUGUGAAGAAAACUAUACUGGAUGUUAAAGCUACAUCAUGGCAUGACGAUUAUAACAGGUUUCGAACGGGAACCAAGGACCUUGAAGUUAUGAUGCAGAAUGUGAUAACCUCAGCAUUCGAGACAGUAACUACAGUUGAGGGAGGUGUAGAGUUGUUGGAUAUCUUCAUGCAUCUGUCGGGCAGAGAGGCUAUCAAGAGAACCAUUGACAAAAAGACAGUAGAUGUAUAUUCCAUGUUUAACGAAGAGUUAAAUGCAGUGAAGAAAGAAUUAACACAGAAGACCAUCCCUCAUUCAUCAUCCCAUCCUAAGUAUGCAGGUCAGGCACUCUGGGCACGUCAGCUGAAGAGAAGAAUUGAACGUAGUAUGAUGGCCCUGGAUAGAGCAUUCUUCUUGCCUGUGAUUGGUUCAGGUAAAGAAGUGAUGACACAGUACCAACAGUUGUGUAUGGCCCUGGAUGAGUACAUUAGGAAAACGUUCCAUGAAUGGACCCUUACAAUUGACAAGGAGCCUAUGAAACAACUUGAGGUACCACUUAUGUGCAGGAGCACUGAGAGACCGCCUAUGCUUGACAUUAACUUCAACAGGGACUUGUUGAAGAUGUUCCAGGAGAUCCACUACUGGGAGAGAUUGAUGUUUGAGACUCCUCAUUAUGCUGUGGAUGUGUAUAACAAGAGAGAGGAUCUGAGAGGUCUGAGAGAACAUGUCAUGUUGGUGGUCAGGGAUUACAACAGAAUCAUUGCUGCCCUAUCCCCAGAAGAAAGAGGUCUGUUUAGAGAAAGAAUUCGAUUCUUGGACAAGAAGAUACACCCAGGUUUGACAAAGUUGACCUGGGCAUCAAAGGGUAUCUCAGACUUCUUUGUGUCGGACUGUCGUCUACACUCUAGUAAAAUACAGAACGUUGUUGAUGACUAUAAGGGUGCUAACAUGGAGAUCUCAACAAAAUGUGUAAAUGUCAGUGAAAUGUUACUAGUGAAAAUUGACAGUAGAAAAGUGUAUGAGAACAUGGAAUUUGAUGAAGCCCAAGCGAGUCACAGGGCUAUAGUACAGAAGAGAUUGAAACAGUACCAUGAUGAGAUCAUAGCCACAAUGAGGAGGACUUAUGAAGUGUUUAAAAGUGAUGGAGCUGAGGUACAAUCGCACUGGCAUCGUUAUACAGAAAAGAUGGAUAAGAUGGUGGAGGAAGCUUUCAGACUGAAUGUGAAGUGGUCAUUGCAAGAAUUGUCUAAAGCCAUUAAUGGAGAUGGUAAAUCAGCACCAAAUCCAUUGUUCAGGGUCAAAGUUUGCCUUGAAGGGGAUAAGGUUGAGUUUGCUCCCACUUUGAAACAGUUGGCAACAAUAGUUGGCAGUAUUGGCUCACAUUUGACUAACUCCAUCUCCGAUAUACCCAGGCUUCCAACUGUACUCACAAAGAAGAAAUCAACAAGAGAUCCUGUACAUCAAGUGAUAGCAAGAGACGAGGAAACCAAGAAGAUUCAGACAGUAAUCAGUGCUGGUAUGCAGAGUAAUGCCCAGAACUUACAGAACUAUCUCAGUACCUGGGACAACUACAGAGAAAUCUGGGAGAUCCACAAAGACGCCUUCAUCCGUAGAUACCAGAGACUCAAUCCACAAGUGUCAUCUUUUGAUGCUGAUAUUGCUAGAUACACUGAGGUGGCCAACAAUGUACAAACACAGGAGACCAUACUGAAUAUCCAGUUUGUCUUACUAGAUUGCUCUCCCCUGAAAUACUCUAUACUGUCUCACUGUACAGAAUGGCAGAACAAAUUUACAACACUGCUCAGUGAAAUUGCUACCAGCAAGCUGAAGGAGCUCCAUGAAUUCUUGAAGGAUAAUGCUGAAAAAGUGAGCAAGCCUCCACAGACACUGGACGAGCUUGGACAGAGUCUGGAUCUUUGGGACACGCUUAACAGUGGGCUACCCACAACUGAAGCUAUGUUCCCACCACUUCAUGAUCAGUUUGCCAUCCUUGAGAAGUACGAGGUGACCAUCCCCGAUGAUGUGAAACAGAUGUUGAAUGAUCUCAGUACAGAAUGGGUCACCUUCCAGGAGAAACUGAUCGAAGCAGAGGGAAUGCUUAAGAAACACAAGGAAAAGUUCAAGAGCAACUUACUUGGACAGUCAGAGGAGUUCAAGAAACAGGUCCACAAUUUGUUGGACGAGUUUACCACCAAGGGUCCAUUCAUGAGUUCAAUUUCAACUGGCGAUGCCCUUGAAAAUAUCUCCAACAUCCGAGCACAGAUGGAGGCACUGAAGAAACAAGAGGCAGAUAUCAGACGUGGUCUGAACAUCUUCAAGAUAGAUCAGCCACCAUCAAAGGAGAUUGCCACUCUGGAUAAGGACUUGGAGUUGAUUGAGACAAUCUGGAAUCUGAACAAAGAAUGGGAAGGUUUGUGGGACAGCUGGAAAGAUGGCAAGUUUGUGGAGUUGGCAACAGAUAAAAUGGAGACACAGUGUAUGACUAUAUUCAAGAAACUGACCAAGUUUAGCAGAGAUCUAAAGGACAAGAACUGGGAGGUUGUGGACACCAGUAAGAACCGUGUUGACCAGUUCAAGAGAACCAUGCCAUUGAUCCAGGACAUGAAGAACAAAGCCAUGAGAGCAAGACAUUGGGAGAAAAUUCAGACAAAGAUGCAGAGACAGUUUAACCACGAGGCAGAAGAUUUCACCCUGGAGAAGAUUAUAGAAUACGGCUUUGAUCAGUAUGCUGAAUCUAUCAAUGAAGUAUCUGGUGCAGCUACUAAAGAAUUGGCCAUUGAACAGGCAUUGGAUGCUAUCAGCCAGACAUGGAAUGUCACAGAAAUGGACAUUGCCCCAUACAAGGGCUGCUUCAAAGUCAGGAGUACAGAUGAGGUGUUCCUGGCACUUGAAGACAACCAGGUACAGCUGUCUACCAUGAAAGCUUCAAGAUUUGUGAAGGCAUUCGAACAGGAAGUUGACAAAUGGGAACGUACUUUGUCACAUAUUCUGGAAGUGGUUGAGAUGUUGCUGACUGUACAGAGACAGUGGAUGUACCUAGAGAACAUUUUCCUUGGUGAAGAUAUCCGUAAACAGCUUCCUCGUGAGUCGGCAGAAUUUGAUGAUGUCAAUGCCAAGUGGAAGGUGAUAAUGACACGGCUGAACAAGGAUAGAAACGCUCUUAGAGGAACACAUCAUGAAGGUAUGCUUGAACAGUUAAACAGCAUGAACUUGAAACUUGAGGAGAUUCAGAAAUCCUUGGACAUGUAUCUCGAGACAAAGAGACAGAUCUUCCCACGAUUCUACUUCCUGUCCAACGACGACUUGCUCGAGAUUCUCGGACAGUCAAAGAACCCAGAGGCAGUGCAGCCGCACUUGAAGAAGUGCUUCGACAACAUCAAAACUUUGAAGAUGGCCAAGACUAGACCAGAAACUACAUUGCAAGGCAUGAAUAUGAAAUGGGAGGCCGCUGGAAUGUCAUCCACAGAGGGAGAAUAUGUGGAAUUUAUCAAGGUUGUGUUAUUGGAUGGACCCGUUGAGGCCUGGUUGUGUGAUGUGGAGAAAAACAUGAGAUUCACACUCAAGAAACGCCUGCCAGAAUGUAGAAAUGCUCUCAAGAAAAGCUUGACCAAGAGGGAUAAAUGGAUAAAGGAAUGGCCUGGUCAGCUGUGUAUCACAGCCAGUCAGAUACAAUGGACACAAGAUGUUACACGAGCUCUCGCUACCACCAAGGAAAGAGGAGAUAAGAGAGCCCUGAAAACUAUGAAGAAAAAACAGAUAUCCAUGUUGAACAAGUUCUCUGAGGCAAUCCGUGGCAACUUGACCAAAAUUCAACGUCUCAAAAUUGUUGCCUUGGUAACCAUUGAGGUUCACGCCAGAGACAUUAUUGACAAAUUAAUCAAGAGUGGCUGUUCUGAUCAGUAUGCAUUUGAGUGGCUCAGUCAGCUCAGGUUCUAUUGGGAGAAGGACAUAGAUGACUGUGUAGUGAAGCAGACAAACACACAGUUCCAGUAUGGGUAUGAGUAUCUGGGUAACUCUGGACGUCUCGUCAUCACCCCUCUCACUGAUAGAUGUUACAUGACACUCACCACAGCCUUACAUCUUCACAGAGGUGGCAGUCCUAAAGGACCUGCAGGAACUGGCAAGACUGAGACAGUAAAGGAUCUGGGUAAAGGUCUUGGCAUGUACGUCAUUGUGGUGAACUGUUCUGAGGGUCUCGAUUAUAAAUCCAUGGGCAGAAUGUUCUCAGGUCUUGCUCAGACUGGAGCCUGGGGAUGUUUUGAUGAAUUCAACAGAAUCAACAUUGAGGUGUUGUCUGUGGUAGCCCAGCAGAUUCUGUCCAUUCUGAGUGCACUGGCAGCUGGUUCCGAGAGAUUUGUGUUUGAAGGGAGAGAAAUCAUGCUUGUGUGGUCAUGUGGUAUCUUUAUCACUAUGAAUCCAGGUUAUGCUGGAAGAACAGAGUUGCCAGAUAACUUGAAGUCCAUGUUCCGACCUAUUGCUAUGGUUGUGCCCGACUCUAAUCUCAUUUCUGAAAUCAUUCUGUUCGGUGAAGGUUUCGGUAACACAAAGAUCUUGGCAAAGAAGGUGUUUACCUUGUACACCCUGGCCACUCAGCAACUGUCGAAACAAGAUCACUAUGACUUCGGUCUCCGUGCUCUUGUGUCUGUAUUGAGAUAUGCUGGUAGAAAGAAGAGAUCCAACCCAAACAUGUCAGAUGAAGAGUUGCUGUUGUUGUCUAUGAAAGACAUGAACAUCGCCAAGCUGACAUCUGUGGAUCUGCCGUUGUUCAAUGGUAUCAUGUCAGACUUGUUCCCUGGCAUUGAAACUCCAGCAAUUGAUUACUCAAAGAUGAGAAAUGCAGUGAUAGCUGAAAUGAACACGAUGAGUUUGAUGAUAAACGACCACUCAAUAACUAAGGUGAUCCAGCUGUACGAGACAAAGACGUCCCGUCACUCAGUCAUGAUCGUCGGCGGCACUCAGUCCAUGAAGACGACAACAUGGCGUUUGUUACAGGGAGCUAUGACAUCAUUGAGCAAAGCCCCAGAAACAAGUUCACAGUACCAGGCUGUAAAGGAUUACCCAUUGAAUCCUAAAGCUCUGUCCCUGGGAGAACUGUAUGGAGAGUUUGACCUGAACACCAAUGAAUGGACAGAUGGUGUUCUCUCAAGUGUGAUGAGACAGACCUGUGCAGAUGAAAAACCGGAUGAGAAGUGGUUGAUAUUUGAUGGACCAGUAGAUACACUGUGGAUUGAGAGUAUGAACUCUGUCAUGGACGACAACAAGAUCCUCACUCUUAUCAACGGAGAACGUAUCUCCAUGCCAGAUCAAGUCUCCCUUCUCUUUGAGGUUGGAGAUUUGUCUGUGGCCUCGCCGGCUACAGUGUCCAGAUGUGGUAUGGUCUACAGUGAUUACAUAGACUGGGGAUGGAAACCGUAUAUUGAAAGCUGGCUCAGCAAGAAAACAUCAAAGAAUCUAGUUGAGGAAUUGCGACGAUUGCUGGACAAAUACCUUGACAAGAUCCUAGAUUUCAAGAAGAGUAACUGCUCAGAGCUUGUUGCUACAUCUGAAUUGAAUGUAGUUGCCUCCCUUGCCAGACUGUUUGAUGCACUUGGUACAGUUGAGAAUGGGGUGGAUGAAGGUGACAGUGAGAAUUUCUCACGUAUGGUGGAGCUGUGGUUCCAGUUCUGUAUGAUAUGGUCUAUCUGUUGUACAGUGGAUGAGGACGGACGUAAGAAGAUUGACACUUACAUCCGAGAAAUGGAAGGAACUUUCCCAAACAAAGACUCUAUUUAUGAGUACUAUGUGGAUCCUAAAGGCAAGACAUGGGUUCACUUUGAGGAGAAAUUGAAGCAUGGUUGGAAAUACAAUCCAAGCCUUCCAUUCUUCAAACUAAUGGUACCAACUGUAGACACUGUGAGGUACCAGUAUCUGACACAGACAUUGAUCAAAAACCUCUGUCCGGUAAUGUUGGUAGGUCCGGUUGGAACCGGAAAAACAUCAGUAGCAGAAAAUACGUUGUCUAAACUGGACCCAAAAACAUACAGCGUUCUAACUGUAAACAUGUCUGCUCAGACGACAUCAAACAAUGUGCAAGACAUCAUAGAGAGCAGAGUAGAGAAGAGAACAAAGGGUGUAUAUGUACCUAUAGGAGGUAAAAAACUGCUCACAAUGUUGGACGACUUCAACAUGCCUGCCAAGGACACAUUUGGUUCCCAGCCACCUCUUGAGCUGAUCAAACUAUGGUUAGAUUACGGUUUCUGGUACGACAGAAUGAAGCAGACACAGAAAUAUAUCAAGGACAUGUUCCUGGUUGCUGCUAUGGGCCCACCAGGUGGCGGUCGACAGAAGAUUUCACCUCGUCUACAGAGCAAAUUUAACCUCAUCAACAUGACUUUCCCACAGGAGUCCCAAAUCAAAAGAAUCUUCGGUAGCAUGAUCAACCAGAAGUUACAGAACUUUGAAGAAGAAGUGAAACCCAUAGGUGACAUCAUGACCCAGGCUACGAUAGAACUGUACCAAUCUGUAGUGGCUAAAUUCCUUCCCACACCCACCAAAAUACACUAUCUCUUCAACUUAAGAGAUAUUUCUAGGUUGUUCCAAGGUUUACUGAGAGCUGACAAGGACUUCCACGACACGAAACAUGCUAUGACAAGGUUAUGGAUCCAUGAGGCUUUCAGGGUGUUCUCUGAUCGUCUUGUGGAUGAAGCAGAUCAUGAAAACUUUGUAGCUCUGAUAACGGAGAAGCUUGGACUUCUGUUUGACCAGACAUACCACAAUAUCUGUCCCAACAGACAGCCACCUAUUUUUGGUGAUUACUAUGGAACGAAUGGUAUAUAUGAAGACAUCACAGAUAUCGGGAACUUGAAGAAGUUGAUGCAGGAGAAGUUGGAAGAUUAUAAUGAGACUCCUGGAGUUAUCAAUAUGGAUCUUGUACUCUUCAGGGAUGCCAUAGAACAUAUUUCCAAGAUUGUGCGCGUUAUUCGUCAGCCGAGAGGAAACAUGUUGUUGAUAGGUAUUGGUGGAUCAGGACGUCAAAGUUUGACUAGACUUGCAGCAAGUAUCUGCGAUUACACAACAUUCCAGAUUGAAGUCACCAAGCACUACAGGAAAAAUGAGUUUAGAGACGAUUUGAAGAAGCUUUAUUACCAAGCUGGUGUAGAAAACAAGCCGACUGUGUUCCUGUUUAAUGACGUGCAAGUGGUGGAAGAAGGAUUCCUUGAAGACAUCAACAAUGUUCUCAGUAGUGGAGAGGUCCCAAAUCUUUACAAAGCUGAUGAGUUUGAGGAGGUGCGAAAUGCUUUGAGUGAUACGGCAAAGAAAGAGGGUAUUGACGAGUCACCUCAGAGCAUAUUUGCAUUCCUGAUCGAGCGAGUGCGUGCCAACCUCCAUGUGGUACUGUGUAUGAGUCCAGUCGGGGAACCAUUCAGGAAUCGCAUACGUAUGUACCCGGCAUUCGUAAAUUGUACAACAAUUGACUGGUUCAGUGAGUGGCCACUGGAUGCCUUGCUUGAAGUUGCAGAAAAAUACCUUAAUGAAGAGUCUCUGGGAAGUGAAGAGGAGGAUGGCCAUAAGAGCAGUCUGGCUAAAAUUUUCUCUGUCAUGCACAAAUCCGUGUUUGAUAUGUCGGUAAAGAUGUAUGCCGAAAUGAAGAGGCACAACUAUGUGACUCCAACAAACUAUCUGGAACUUGUGUCUGGCUAUAAAAAGUUGUUAUUUUCAAAGAAGAAGGAACUUGGAGAUGCUGCUAACAAACUUCGAAAUGGUCUCAGUAAGAUUGAUGACACCAGAGAGAAGGUAGAGAAAAUGUCUGUAGAAUUGGAAGAGGCAAAGACAAAAGUAGCUCAGUUCCAGAAACAGUGUGAGGAGUACCUUGUGAUUAUUGUAGGACAAAAACGGGAGGCUGAUGAACAACAGAAGUCUGUAGCCCAGAAGAGUGAGAGAAUUGCUGAUGAGGAGGUCAAGUGUCAGCACAUGGCAGAUCUUGCUCAGAGCGAUCUCAAUGAAGCUUUACCUGCCCUGGAAGAAGCUAUAAAGGCCCUGGAAUCCCUAAACAAGAAAGACAUGACAGAAAUAAAGUCAUAUGGUCGGCCCCCGGCUUUAGUGGAGAAGGUAAUGGAAGCUGUAAUGAUCUUACGAGGUCAAGAACCAACCUGGGCGGAAGCUAAGAGACAACUUGGUGACCAGAACUUCUUGAAACAGCUGUUUGAAUUUGACAAGGACAAUAUAACGGAUCGUGUUCUCAAGAAAAUUGGACAGUAUGUUGCCCAGACUGACUUCCAGCCGGAGAUCAUUGGACGUGUAUCCUUGGCCGCCAAGUCAUUGUGUAUGUGGGUACGAGCCAUGGAAGUAUACGGACGUAUCUACAGAGUGGUGGAGCCCAAGAAGCAGAGGUUGAAUGCAGCAAUGGGUCAGCUCAAAGAGAAGCAAGAUGCUCUCAGUGAAGCCAAGGCUAAAUUAGCUGAGGUUGAGGCAAAGAUGGCAGAGUUACAGAAACAAUACCAGGACAAAUUGAACCAGAAAGAGGAAUUGAAGAGAAAGGCCGAGCAUACAGAACUCAUGUUGGACAGAGCUGCUAAACUUGUCUCAGGUUUGGCUGGUGAGAGGAUAAGAUGGGAGGAGACGGUGAAGGAUCUUGAGGAGAGAAUGGGAUUCCUGAUAGGCGACUGUCUGAUAGCUGCAGCUUUCAUGUCCUAUAUUGGACCAUUCUUGUCCAACUACAGAGAGGAGCUCGUCCAAAAAGUCUGGCUUGCAGAGGUGAAAAAACUGGGUGUACCUUGCGAUCCGAUGUUUGAUUUCUCCAAGUUCAUGGCCAAGCCAACAAAUGUACGUGACUGGAAUAUCCAAGGGUUGCCUAGCGACAGUUUCUCCACAGAAAAUGGUGUCAUAGUAACAAGUGCUAGCAGAUGGCCCCUAAUGGUGGAUCCCCAGGGUCAAGCCAUAAAGUGGAUCAAAAACAUGGAGGCUUCAAAGGGUCUGAAAGUGAUAGAUUUACAGCAGUCAGAUUACAUGAGAACCCUAGAAGGGGCUAUUCAGUUUGGGUUGCCAGUGUUACUUCAGAAUGUACAGGAGAGACUUGACCCAUCACUGGACCCAGUCCUUAACAAGUCACUGAUGAAAAUAGGUGGUGCUUUCAUGAUAAGGAUUGGUGACAAGGAGAUAGAAUACAACCCAGAGUUCAGAUUCUACAUCACAACAAAACUGAGUAACCCUCAUUAUACACCUGAAAUCUCCACAAAAACUACUAUUGUCAACUUUGCUGUGAAAGAACAAGGUUUGGAGGCCCAGUUGCUGGGUAUUGUGGUAAGAAAAGAGAGGCCGGACCUAGAAGAGAAGAAAGAUAGUUUAGUCAGAAGUAUUGCUGAGGGUAAAAAGAAACUGGUAGAACUGGAAGAUGAAAUCUUGAGACUGCUGAAUGAGACAAAGGGUUCUCUGUUAGAUGAUGAACAGUUGGUGAACACACUACAAACAUCGAAAGUGACAUCACAGGAAGUGUCGGAACAGCUACAGGUGUCGGAACAAACUGAAGUCAAGAUUGAUGCUGCUAGAGAGGGAUACAGACCAGCAGCUGAGAGGGCAUCUAUUUUGUUCUUUGUGCUCAAUGACAUGGGAAGGAUAGAUCCUAUGUACCAGUUCUCACUAGACUCAUACAUUGACCUGUUCAUAAUGUCUAUAGACAAGUCACAGAGAAGUGCUAAACUAGAGGAGAGAAUCCAACACAUGAAUGAAUAUCACACAUAUGCUGUUUACAGAUUUACCUGCCGAGGUUUGUUUGAGAGACACAAGCUGCUUUUCUCGUUCCAAAUGUGUGCCAAGAUUCUAGAACAUGCUGGAAAACUCAACAUGGAUGAAUACAACUUCUUCCUUAGAGGCGGUGUGGUGUUGGACAGAGAGAAUCAGAUGGACAAUCCUUGUUCUGGAUGGCUGUCAGAUGUGGCCUGGGAUAAUAUCACUGAACUGGAGAAGUUGACAAACUUCCAUGGAAUUAUUACCGCGUUUGAGCAGUAUCCUCGAGACUGGAAUAUCUGGUAUACCUCAAAUGAACCGGAAAAUACAGGCUUACCUGGUGAAUGGGACAAUGCAUGUAAUGAGCUUCAGAAAAUGUUGAUCAUCCGUUCCCUACGUCCAGACAGAGUGUCGUUCUGCGCUACAUCAUUCAUUACAAACAAUCUCGGUUCCAAGUUUGUGGAGCCUCCAGUCCUCGACAUGCAACAUGUGGUACAGGACUCCUCCACUAAAACUCCACUCAUCUUUGUACUGUCACCUGGUGUGGAUCCAACAAGUGCCCUACUACAGCUUGCUGAACAGAGUGGUAUGGCCCAGAGGUUCCAUGCCCUGUCUCUAGGUCAAGGUCAGGCUCCCAUAGCAACCAGAAUGAUCAAGGAAGGUGUCAGAGAGGGUAACUGGGUGUUCUUGGCGAACUGUCAUUUAUCAUUGAGUUGGAUGCCGCAGCUUGACAAGCUGGUAGAACAAUUACAGGUCGAGGAACCACAUCCCGAGUUCAGACUUUGGCUUAGUUCCAGUCCACAUCCAGAAUUCCCUAUAGCCAUUUUACAGACUGGUAUCAAAAUGACCACAGAACCUCCAAAGGGUUUGAAAGCCAACUUGAAACGUUUGUAUAACCUGGUAACAGAGCAACAGUUCAGUCGGUGCCAUAAACAAGACAAGUAUAAGAAGCUGUUAUUCUGCCUCUGUUUCUUCCACUCAGUACUACUCGAGAGAAAGAAGUUCUUGAUGCUUGGUUGGAAUAUUGCAUAUGAGUUUAACGACUCUGAUUUUGAGGUGUCAGAAAACUUACUGAGUAUUUAUCUUGAUGAUUAUGAUGAGACACCAUGGGAGGCACUUAAAUACCUGAUAGCAGGAAUUAAUUACGGAGGUCACGUGACAGACGACUGGGAUAGAAGACUUCUGAUGACAUAUAUCUCUGACUACUUUAAUGAUAAUGCCAUAAAUACACCAUUUUUCAGAGUUUCAGUCUUGCCGACUUACUAUGUACCAAAAGAUGGACCCCUAUCCUCAUAUAAGGAAUAUGUAAGCAUGUUACCUAACAUUGACCAUCCCGAGGCGUUCGGUCAGCACCCUAAUGCUGAUAUCCAGUCACAGAUCCAGGAAACACGUCUCAUGUUCGAUACCCUACUCUCACUACAGCCACAGAUCAGUUCUACAGGUGGAGAAUCCAGAGAAGAUAAGGUGUUAGACUUGGCAGCAAACAUUUACAAACAGAUCCCAGAGAAUGUAGAUUAUGACAACACAGUUAAGAUAUUGUCAGUAGAUCCAUCACCUCUUAAUGUUGUACUGCUGCAAGAGAUUCAGCGCUAUAAUUUGUUAUUGGAAGAGAUACGUAAAUCUCUGACGGACCUUGAGAUGGGUAUACAGGGUAUGGUUGUGAUGACGAUGGAAUUGGAAAGUAUUUUCCUCUGUAUCUUUGACGGAAGAGUUCCACCAUCUUGGCUGAAGGCCUAUCCAUCCAUGAAGCCUCUUGCAGCUUGGACUCGAGACCUCGUCAGCCGAGUGGAACAACUGGAGAAAUGGGCAACAACUGCUCAUCCUCCAACAAUAUUUUGGAUGUCAGGUUUUACUUUCCCUACUGGUUUCCUCACAGCAGUCCUGCAGACAUCGGCCAGAUUGAACAGUGUGUCAGUUGACAGUCUGUCCUGGGAGUUCAAUGUUAUGACAGUAGAUGACUCCAACAUAACCGGUCCACCAAAGGAUGGGGUAUACAUUAAGGGUCUGUACCUACAAGGAGCAGGUUGGGAUAAAAAGAAUCAAUGUUUGAUUGAGGCAAUACCUAUGCAGCUUGUAUGUCAGAUACCCACCAUACACUUCAGACCUGUUGAAAACAAAAAGAAAGUUACCAAAGGUAUAUACACAUGUCCGUGCUACUAUUUUCCGAACCGAAGUGGCAGUAUGGGACGUCCUUCAUUCAUUGUUGCUGUUGAACUGAAGAGUGGCGAAAAGACAGCUGAUCACUGGGCAAAGAGAGGAACUGCCCUACUCAUGAGCUUAGACUAUUAAUACAUUUUCAUAAAAAUUUGAAAAAGACAAAUACCAUGUGAUCAGAAUGCAAAAAACACUAUAAACAAGUGAUCAAAAUGUGAAGAAGGACUAUAAAAUUUGAAGACUAAAUGCAAGAGACUAUUGAAUAUGUGAACAAAAUGUGAACAAAAAUGUGAAAAAGGCAAUUGCUUUUUGGUGAAUCUAGAAGUAGAAAUAAAUGACAGUAUUAUUACACUAAUUUUGUGACCCAAAGUGAAAUGCAGUUUUUAAGUAUUAGAUAAAAAGUGUGAUUCUUCAUUCAUUAUUAUAGACAGUUUAGUUGAAAUGAUAUUGACUGUUUGUAUUGUUGACUUUGUAUUAUUGCUACAUUUGGCUUUACCUUGUUGUGAUUGUUACUUGCGGUAUUUAUUUUUGUGCAUUUAUUCCGUCCAUUUUAAUGUUCAUUCAUAUAAUGAUAUUCUGAAUGAAAAUGCCAUACGUAUUAGUGAAAGCAAUACAGUUUUGAUUUAUUUCAUAUUUACAAGUACAUUCCGAUCUAAAAAUCUUCCAUCCAUUUAUAUUGUUCGUAUUUUUUUAUGUGUUUCAAAAAAGCACAAAAUAUAAACAUUAUCUGCUUACAUUGUAAAGAUCUCCCUGUAUAAAGUGCAUUUUUGUAUGUUAAAAAGUAUUUAAAUGUUUAUUUAUUGUUAAAGCUGUUAACUUGGAAGUUCCGUCCAAUAAUAAUUGCAUGAUUUAUUUGUUUUAUUCUGUGAUGAUCCACAUUCCAAAUAUUGUGUCUUAUUAGUGUAGAACCAUUUAAAUUUGUGGGGACCUAGUUUUCGUGGACUUCAUUUACCCUUAUCAUGCUGGACACAAUUGAUUCUGCCUUUGCAACCAGUACAGUUCUUGGUCAGCCUGCACAUCCAUACAGCCUGAUCAUGACCUGCACUGUUCACCAUUCAGUCAGUAUCUUUUUGGUGUGCUCCCCAUUUAGCAGUUAAUGGUACUGUCCGACAAAUUCAUUAUAGAAAUUUAGCAGGGUAAGGGAACAUAUUCAUUCAUUUUAUUUUCAAAAUAUGAAAUCCACAAAGUUAUAUCCUCAUGAAAUUGCCUUUUUUAUAUAAAAAAAAGCAAAAAUUUCCUCCCCACAAAAUUAAAUGAUUCUUCAGUAUUCAAAGUAUUACUGAUGUUGAUAUAGUUUACUGCUGAAAGAAUAUUUUCAUCUAUAUGGCAAUAUAAGAUAUAAGUUUAUAUUACAUAAAUCUUACAUUAAAGUGAAAAAAAUUGGAAACAAAUUCUCGUCAUUGUGGAAAUUUUAUGAAAUGUACACUUGCAAAUGAAAGACUACUUUUUUGUUGCUGAAAAAAUGGUUUAAUUGUUGAUGUAAAGAAAAAAUAAAAGAAAUACCAUCAUA